GCCUUGCGUGGGGCGGGCGGCAGGACGGCAGCCGCGGGCAGGGGCUGUGGAGGGGGAACAGGCCCUGGAGCCGCGGCGUGGGGACGGUGCCCGCCCCGUUUGGGCUAGGUGCGGUUUAACGGCGGUGUUACUGUGGGCGGUUGUGCUCGGUCCUGCCGCGCCUUUGCCGCUUUGGUCGUUAAGAGGCUGGAGCGGGUCCGGCGAAGGGCAGCCGUGGCCUAGAAGCGAGCGGGCCCGAAGGACGAGCAGUCAGCCUGGCCCUGCCGCCGGGGAGAGGCUGUGUCUGACGGGCACCACCGCCCUGCCCGCGGCUGCUUUUCUCUAAGGAGAACCCGAGGGUUCUGGAAGCUGUCCCAGUCCCGCAGCAAGGCUCCGCUGCUCCUCCUGCUCCUCUCGGAGGUGCCUGUGUGCCCACUGCAGCCCCUGCUCCUCGCUCCUGGCUGCUGCGGUGCUGCUCUCUCCGGACGGGUCGCCAUGAGGAGGAGCUCCAUCAUCGCCGGCAGCAGCGGCCGCCAGUCCAUCACGGCUCUGAGGGUGCAGGACAGCAACAGGAUGGGUCUCCUGGGCCUCCAGACGCCCCAGAUGAAGGACAGAGGCGUGUCUGGGAAGCUGAGCAUGAGCAAGCCCACGCCUGGCACUGCAGAGAGGAAAGUCAGCUCUGUCGGGCACAGAGCCAGUGGGGCUGGGGGCUCCCGCAGCAGCCAGUUUGGCGUCUUCGGCACGGAGAAGAUGAAGGACCCCAGGCCCCUCCACGACAAGGCCUUCGUCCAGCAGUGCAUCAAGCGGCUCUCCGAGUUCCUGGCCGAGAACGGCUACGCCCACAGCGUUUCCAUCAAGUCCCUGCAGUCCCCCUCGGUGAAGGACUUCCUCAAGAUCUUCACCUUCAUCUAUGGCUUCCUCUGCCCUUCCUACGAGCUGCCUGGCUCCAAGUUUGAAGAGGAAAUCCCCAGGCUCUUCAAAGAGCUUGGGUACCCCUUUGCCCUGUCCAAGAGCUCCAUGUACACGGUGGGAGCUCCUCACACCUGGCCCCAGAUGGUGGCAGCGCUGCUCUGGCUGAUCGACUGCGUCAAGCUCUUCUCUGCCAUGAGGGAGAACGCAGCAGCCUUUGACGAUGACCAGAGCUGGGGAGGAGAGACAGAGGAUGGGAUUGUCCACAACAAGCUCUUCAUGGACUAUGCUGUGAAGUGCUAUGAGCUCUUCAUGAAGGGGGCAGACACCUUCGAGGAGCAGGAUGCAGAGCUGGAGGCCAAGCUCAAGGAGCUGUUCAAGGUGGAUGAGUCCAGGACAGAGGAGCUGGUGGCUGAGAACAGGAGGCUGAGUGAGGAGCUUGCCAGGCUGGAGAAGGAGAAGGAGAGCGAGCCAGACCGCAGGGUGGCCCUGAGGAAGCUGAAAGCCUCUCUGGAGCAAGAUGUACAGAAGUUCCAGGCCUAUCUGGCCAACAUGGAGUCUCACGUGGCUCUCCUGGAGCAGAAACUGGAGGCUGUGACCGAGGAGGUGGAGGCAGCAGAGCUGGAGGCCGAGGCCGUGCGGCAGGAGAACGCGCGGCUGCAGCACCUGCUGGACAGCCAGAAGUACUCGGUGGCCGACAUCGAGAGGAUCCACCGCGAGAAGAACGAGCUGCAGCAGACCAUCAGCAAGCUCAGCAAGGAGCUGGAGGCCGAGGAGCAGCAGCUGUGGAACGAAGAGAUGAAGUAUGCGCGGAGCAGGGAGGCGCUGGAGCUGCAGCUGGCAGAGUACCACAAGCUGGCCCGGAAGCUGAAGCUGAUCCCUGCCAGCGCUGAGCACUCCAAGGGCUACGACCUGGCACUGCAGUUCAGCCCCGACGACGGCGCCGCCUUCCUCAGCCGCUGCAGGGAGAUCAAGGGUCCCCUCAUGGACAUCAUGAACCAGACGGAGGAGGACAUCCGCGAUGCCACCCAGCGGAAGAUGGCUCUGGAGGAAGCUCUGGAACAGCUGAAUGCUAUGGUGGUGGAAAAGAACAACAGUGUGAAAGUGCUGAAGGAAGAGGCUGAGAAGCUGGAUGAGCUUUACCAUCAGAAGCUGAAGGAGGCAGAAGAGGAGGAGCAGAAGUGGGCAGAGGAGCUGGAGCUGCUGGAGAAGCACAAAAGGCUGCUGGAGGGUGGCGUCAAUGAGGGCCUGGAUGAAGCCACCAAGGAGCUGCAGGACCUCCAGCGACAGUACCAAGUUCUUCUGCAAACCAGAACAGAGGAGAGCAGGAGAACUGGAGACAAGCUGGACCACCUUUUGGAAGUGGUUGCUACUCACGUGGUGUCCAUAGAGAAAUACCUGGAUGAGCAGAGCACACAGACUGACAGAGCCUAUGAGGAGCUCAUGGCUGAAGACCUCUUGUCACCCUUGACCAUGAUCCUAGACAGCUACAAGAAAAAAGCUGAAGGGCUGAGUGCUGCAGGUGGCCUCAGCUAGUGAGAUGAUGCCAUUGCUCUGGGGCUUGGUGCCCCUCAUGUCUGACAGCCUGAUGCUGGGCAGUGUCUCUCCCUGCCCCUGUCCUCUUUCACUUUACCUUUCCACACUCCCUUCUCUCUUCCAGCCUUACCCACUCUGUUCCUGCUCCUUAGGAGCUUUUUUAACCUAAAGCAUCUCUCUCUGCUGGGGUGGAGCCAGUCCCCUACCUUAGUGGUGCUUUUUUUAUAGGGGCUUGUGCCAGGGCUCUGUGCCCCGGGCUGCCUGCCAGCUCCUUGGCGCUGGAGCUGUGCCUCCUCUUAUGCUUAUUCCCAAGUCCUCGGUUGGACAGUUCCCUCCUGUGCUGCUCUGUCUUCCGCACAGACGCUAACUUGUGUGUUUUCAUAGCCCAGACUCCUGCAGCACACAGCAGUGGGGUGCAGACCGCACCCUGACCGGGACGUUCCUAGGGCGGGAGCUCAGUGCUGACCUCGGCAGCAGCCGCUCCUGCCUUCCCUCGGGGGGGAGAGCAGAAGCAGCUCUAGCACUAGCAAUGGAAUAAAAAGUGUUCUUAGCCAGGG